UCUCCUAGAGCGUCCUGUUACGUAACCUUAUUAAAUAUUCAUAAAUUACGGUAGGAUUCCACAAUAGCAUCCAUUCGCCCCGCUAGAGCCCACCUUCAAAGGGCCAGCUUGCAGCCAAUCAGUUCAACGUACCCGGUGGACGUCAUGUUACGUAAUUAAUAUUCAUAAGCCGAGCCGCAAGGCUUACCCUGCGCGUGUGUUUGGGUCGGUCCGCUGGAGUGCGCUGAGUUCAGAGCGAAAAACUGCACUGAAAAGUCACCGGAUCUGAAUGGCGCAGCAUUGGACUACUGGUUUAUCAUUCAAACUCGAUAACUUUUCCGUUUUAACUUCGUCAGCGGAUUUAUAUCAUUUCUGACAGCUGUUUUUUGCACCUCGAAAUUGAGCCGGUGUUUUACCUGCUCUGAUAAGGAUAACUUACAGCUGAUGCAUGAUAGACUGUAACCAGACUGACUUCCCUUUAAACUCAUACAGAUGAGCAGAUCAGCACUAAACAUUUAAUGUUACAGGGCAUUGAGUUUGUGAAGCGUUGCACAGCAGCACAGUGGCUCCCCCCUGCAGUACUGGAGCAUCACCCAGCCGCAAAUCUGCUUCAUGGCCACAAGUCCAAACCUCUGCAGUACAUAUGACUGUUACCAAAAGGUAAACUUACAAUCAGGAGGCAGUGAGGUGACGCAAAAGACGUAUGACAUGGAGGUCAAAGGUCACCUGAUAACAGGCCCUGAGCUGCAGGCCGCUAUGGACAGUAAGCAGCGUGCGGAGCGGAUGGUGGAGCUGCACGAGCGCCGGAGGAGUCUGCAGUCGCUGCUCAACACUCGAAUAGCAGAACUCAAACGCGUCUGUCUGCAGGAGGCGGAAUUGACAGGUGAAGUUCCUCAUGAAUAUGCUCUGGAAACCGGAGAGAAGCUCCCUCAUGUGCGGCGCAGGGCUGGUCUGUCCCGCAGCGGAUCCAAACAUAACACCAAAAAUGAGGAAGAGGACGUCUCUCAGCGCAAGACAAAGAACACUCUGUUCAGUGGCGCCCUCCGCAGGCACGUCGAUUCAGAACACCAUCCUCCACACAGCAAACGACCGGUUCAUAGAGGAUGCCACACAGAUAACACGGUGAAGUCAGAGAGCAGCUCCACGUCUGAUUCCACCAAUCAGGAUGCUGAAGACGCCUCUGACGGCCUGUCGCCCUCACAGCCCCGGCUGGUCUCGGGGAGCCCAGACAACAGGUUUUCUCGAAAACUCUCCCCUGUGGAUAUCUAUUACGAGAUGAAAACACGCCGCAACUCUGUGGCCAGCUCAGCCAGCCCGAGUCACUCUCUUCCAAGAAGUGUGUCGAAUCUGGAAGGUAGAAGUGUCCCGGCAACUCCGCUCCUGUCCCGCAAUGGAAAAGCAGGAGUGCACAUCAGGUCAGAAUCAUCUAGCGGCACCGCUGCUGUGAAGCAGUGGUCAGACAAUCCCGAGGUGUCCCAGCAGGUGCCUCUGCAGUCUCAGGAGGGGUCGUCCUCAGGGUCCUACGAGCAAGGGCACAGACGUAGCAAUAGCUCCGAGACGUUACUCGACCGGCACGGCACCGCAGCGGAAGACGGAGGUCAAAGGUCAGGCAUGCCUGUACGCAAUGGUCCGUACAAGAGCUCGGAAGCCAUCAUGGACAAGACUUUAAAACAGGCGCAGCGGAGCAGCCCCGAGCGGCAGGUAAACGGGCAUGCCGAGCUGGCCCGCGUUCGCUCGGCCGCGGGAGGUCGAGGAACGAACGGAGUUGUCGGUUACAGUGAGAUCCUCAUGGAUUAUGUGUGGGGGAAGCAGCAGAAGAUGCAAGCUCAGCAACAACAAAGGCUGCAGGUGCAAAGUAAUGCAAAAGCCCGGCCGUGGCCCGACGGUCCCAAUGCUCCUCCGCCUCCCUACAGGAAUGGCUUUCCCCAAUCGCAGCAGCUUAUCCUGGGCAAUGGCCCUCCGGCCUACAGCCCUCUAAUGCUGAGAGGGAAACCCGGUGAGCCACGGAGGGUCAAAGUGUCGCGCACCAAAUCCUGCGGCCCGUUCGUUCCCUUACAGCAGCACCAGCAAGAGUCCAUCCUGCUCUCUGCCUACAACGAAACCACCACCUCCAAUGGUACUGCCAUUAAUGCAACGCAUAACCAGCAGAUCGACCACCCCCACAGACCGCCCCAUUACCCUCUCGACUCCUCCGCACCCACGACCCCCGACGACCCCACGCGCAGCCUGCACAAGGCCCUGGCGCUGGAGGGUUUGAGAGACUGGUAUCUGAGGAACGCGCUGGGACAGACGGCCAACGGAGGGAAGGGCAAAGAGGGGACUCAGACUCAGCGCAGGCGUACCACAUCCUCUCUGCACAACUCACACCCCCAUCCUCCACUCAAACACCAGCCACAGUCCUUCCAAACAGACACGUCCUAUCCACAGAUCCCCCAGUCGGCCACGUUUCAUGGACACCCUAUACAUGGCAGGUCGAUGGAGCUUUCUUUGUACCAAGAUACCCUUUCAUCCAAGAUGCAGGACAUGACACUUAAAGAGAGCGGUAAUGACAGACCCACACCAGGCACGCUGGUCUGACGCGCAAACCAACAAUCUCACACUCAUGCAAACACAAAGAGACUACAGCAAACACCAGCUUACGUGUGUAUAGAAUGGCAGACUGAGAGAAUGCCAAAAUGGACUAUUAAAACAACUUUUUGCUUCCUUUCAGCAGUUAGAAUUUAAGAAUUCUGACAGAAAUCAGUCUAGCAUCCUUGUUAUACUAACAUGCGCUAAGUAUACUUGUACUCAAGACCCUUUUCAGCAUGAAAUCAAGCUGUCUUCUAGUUUCACAUCAUCUCUGGGUUCCUGCAGACUUCUUAUGAUAGUUUCCCUUUUAAUCAGCAAAAGUAGUAGCAAUCUCUGGCAAAAGAGACAAUAUGUCAGCACAUUCCUGUUAGUGAACAAUGUGAGCUCAUUCUAUCAAACUGUUUCCAGCCUUGAUAUGGAUUUGUCACAAAAUAUAUACAAAGAGCUCUUGUUGUUCAUGAGAAUCCAGUAUUGGUCGCUGCUCGCUGGUGAGACCUUCCACAAGUAGUACUGGACAUGCAAGGCCCUUUGAAAUAGAAUCAGGAUCUUCUCAACGUUUUUAUGGAAAUAUUUCUAUGCAAAUUACAAUCAAGAAGACUGUGUUUAGACAAACUUAAUCAUUUGAGUUUUGGUUUUGUCAUUCUGAGUAGCAAUUUGAAAAUAUUUAGGAGAAAAGAACCAAGCCAAAUCUUAUACUUUGAUGGACUGUUAUAUGAGUCAGGGACUCAUGAAAUUUAUAAUUCCGUAACUAAAUCAUAACGUGGAGGAGUAUAAAUGUGCUCAUUCAGGAUGAUGACAUAAGAAUGCCACAAAGGUCGCUGUGCGGCUCAAACAACAUCUGUAUCACUCAUAUUUAUGAUGCUUUCUUCCUCAGGCUGUAAUUAUAUACCGGUAUUAAUAUACACAGUCACAACGAAAACAGAGAAAUUUACAGGUAGAAUAAAGAAUAAAUGACAUUUUAUAUAUAAAAAUUGAAUUUUCUACAAAAAUGGAACCAGAAUGAAAGGUUGAAUCUCAUGAAACCUGUCAAGAACACAUUUCACUUCAAAAUCACAAGAAAAAAUUAUUGUUUUGGUCUACAUUAUUUAAAAUAGGAAAUCAGAACCUGAAAAAAGAUGUGCAUUAUGACAAUUUCAUGACUAGAAAAAGCACUUCUCAUUACUGUAAGAGAAUAGAAAAUAAAUCAUAUUAAUGGAUUUAAGGAUCAUCAUAGUAUUUGUUUUGCUAGAUUUAUGCUGAUUUAAAAAAAGAAUCCUUUCUGGACAGGAUUAACUUGAAUUACUGUACUAAAAAUAUAAUGUGCAUGAUCACUAAGAAUAAUGAGAAAUAUAAAAAUGCUCAAAAGCAAAACAACCGGAUGCAUUAUGAUAAUGAGAACUGAGAGGGAAAUGUGCUUAGUUUUCAUGAAAAUUAUGUCAAAAUGCAAAAUAAUAAUAAUAUAAAAAUAGGCUACAUUUUAUUUAG